UCCAACUUUCUGACAUACAACACAUACAAGGCUUCGCUUAGUAACAACGGCUGAUUGAUGGUGAAGUGUUCAUUCGACUGUGGAUAUUUAAUAUACGGGACUAGUGUAGUGGUGGUUGUUCAGUUGGUCUUCUUAUGAAUUUCCAAAUGCAGCUAGUGAACCCGUAGUCUAUACAUUAUCACCAGACAUGCUUAUUAAUUUGGAUAUUAUAUCGUCAAGUCCAGCCAUAUCUUCAAGGCAAUGAAGUUGGCAACAUUUUACGAGAUAGCAGUGGCCAGCAAAACUACACGAGGAAACUGCAGCCCAACUGACGGUAGCUGCAAAAACUCUCGUCGUGCAACAAACUUGUGAAAACAGUUAUGAUAUAAUUGUUGACAGUGUGGUGGGCCUACUGUGACAGAUUAGCUAAACUCGAAGAAUGGAGGUUGACUAUUAUUAUAUAGAGGGAUAACAUUGGAUUGACGUGCACAGUAUGUGGCAUAACUCCUCCAAUAAGUCGGCUGCCUCCUCGAAUCGCAAGGGUCCGACUCCUGCAUCCUCGUCGAGUAAAGGGAAGUCAGCUAGUUCAAAGGUGAAAGCAGAGCCUUGGGAAACGCUGAGGGGAUGGAGUGGUGAUCAUGAUGGAUGUGACAUCGAGUCCAUUGAUAUUGAUGCGUGGUCCAAGAAACAAAACAAGAAGAAAAAAGAUACUACGAAAAGCACCCAAAAUGAAGGUUGGCAACCGUAUCUUUGUUGGACAAGUACACACUGCUCAACAAUCGAAGAUUUCGAAGAUUUCGUCAGCAGCAGUCUCUCAGCAAACCUAAAACCUACACCGAAAAGUGCUCCCUCAACGACCAAAGAUGGGACGUCGGAUAAAACAAUUUUUUUAAGUAGGACACGAGAAGUUAAUAAAGGCGUUCAAAAUGUUCUCAAAUCAGAAAACCCGGAUUCCGGUGGUACACAGAAAUCGAUCGUGGAUCGGACCGAACGUGCAGAUUCUGAUGAUGGUAGCUCAAUGGUAGGUCGUGCAAUCUCGACAGCGUACACGGAGUCCGAGUGCCCCCAUGGACCGGGUGCUGAUGACACGGGUAGCAAUGAAAGUGUUGGUACAUGGGCAACCCCAGAAGAAGGUACCGGAAAAGUGGCCGCAAGACCCAGCUGUGGUGUGCGAAGUGCCCCACCCACGCGACCGCCUGACAGGACGGAAAGUAAGAGUAGAAAAAUUGCCUCCGCAAACUCGACCGCCGAUGGCGGAAACAGAUCGUCCAAGAUGCGCCGUGUGGCGAUCCGAAACUCCGCCGCAAAAUCAACGGUGGAUUUGAAACGGCUGACCCUAGACAUCCCAUCACCUCCCCCACCUCAAAACGUCAGAUUAUCUUAUACAAAUUCAAAUCCCAAAGGAGCUGAAGACGAAACAGGUAACCUAUCUGGGUCUCCUGUUCGUAGAGACUCUGGCGAGAGUCAGAUUCAUAGUCCAAGUGGAGACAGUAAGAUGAAUUCAUCACCGGCAGAUAAAUCAGCAGUUCUCAGGCUGAUGGAGGAGCGGUUGAAACGGAGCAGUGCUUCCUCCAGUCUCGGCUUUGAUUUUCCAAACUCAGGCAGUGUGAGCGUUGGUGAUCUGCUGUCCAGUAAACCGCGGCUUGUCCACCGGCUCGGCCCGGUGGGUCUGUCCAGCGAGCGAGACCCGAACGUCUACGCAGCUCUAAUCGGUGGUAUCUCCGAACGCGAAGAAACCAUAUCUCCUUGGACACAGGCAGGAGGAAGUGCGACUUUAGACAGUGCAAUAAAGAAUAAAACAGACUCAAUAGUCGGACAAUCAGGGGUCACUCAGAAUGGGUUUAGAACUAAGGACACCAGCAGGUCAGUUUUGCCUUCUCUGCCCGGAACUAAAAGCCCGGGGUCUGGUGUGUCAUUGACGUCACCCUCACAGAUGGACAGUGGAUCUAACGGGGAGAGUGCAAUGAUGCAUUUGAAGCAGAGGUCACCUGGAGGGAGUGUAGAUGGCGUGCCUACCUGUAGCACUGCGUCGGCAGAAGAGGCGAGAUUAAUUAAGAAGACGCUCAAUUGUGCAAUAUCAAGAUGUGACAGAGGUGCAGCAGAACUCCCUAAAGGAAACAUGCCGCAGACGGAAAGUGAUACGAAACGAAGGAAUGAUCACGAGGGAAAACCAUCGAGGCCCAAGAAUUCCAGUCAACGAUCCAGCAAGAUCGAACGCAUCGCUUCGGUAGCACUGGGCAAGAAACUUAUCGCCAACUCCGGCGCAACUGUGCAUCGAGGCCCACCUGGAUUCCGCCCUCUAGCGGGCAAGACUUCCUUACAGCGUGCAGUGGAGACAGCUCAUAAGAAGAUGCACGGACACCAUUACUACCUCUUUACACAUUCGGCAAAUCCGCAGAAUCCGCCGGUGGAAUGGCAAGGGCUCCCAAAAUAUACGUCAUCGGGUCAUCCAAGUUCAGGUCACCAAGAGAGAGCGGGCUCUGGGAAGAGCCACCGAUCAGAUCGGAGCAUCAACAAUGCUUACGUGUGGAAAGAGCAUCUCGAAGGUCAAAUCAAGCAACAAAGGUCAACAACUGCACCGUAUAUGUCGAACACUGGAGCAACUAGUCACCAACAAACUAACCCACACUUCAACCAAUCAUCGUCAUCCACGUCAGUUCCUCUAACACUCAUGCCGACACAAACGCACAACAAAAGAAAACCCAACUCCAGUUUCAGUUGGGAGAACGUGCCACCAAGAAGGUCGACUUUUUCUCAACAUACGACCGGAAUGGCCACGCCAUGACCAAUAGGACCAGAAUAAAUCCUAGAUAGAUGCAUCUUCUUUGUGCUCUGAAAUCCAAGACACCGUGGAUGAUAUGUACCGUGAGAGGGCGCCCUACCAUUCUGUUACCAUGUUCAAAAGCAGGGAAUGGUCACAAUAGAUCCCGUACAUGACGUCACACGCCCAAAUGGCGCCCUCACUGAGGUCAAUGACAGGCCUGGAAUUAAACGGAGGUCAUGACCUCUGUUGCCUCUUGUCUUGGCCUU